CUGGAAGAUGUCUAAAUCAGAGUAUCUAAGCCUUGGCGGUAUUUCAAACCACCUAUAAGUCCGGAGUUUCUUGAGCUGAGGUGUUAUUUGCUUUCCCCUGAAUUCUCUAAUUCGACUGUUUCUCCGAUCCUCUCUUCCGAUUCGAGCCACCCAAAAAAAAAAAAAAAAAACACGCAGACACGCACUGGAUUCCGUAGUAGUCAGACACAAAACCCCAGAGAAAACCGCUGUCUGCUCUGUUUAUACGUUAAUGGUCUUCCAGAACACGUUUUAGGUAAUAUAGAAUAGUCCGUUACGUCUACGAGUGCGUACCCCCAACAUACAAGUUUUUUUGUUUUUAUUUGUGGGUUUUUUAUUUGGUAUGAUUCAUUAGCAAUUCUGCUGGAGACAAAAGAGGAAGGAACGUCUGCUAGGCCUUUUUUUUUCUGGCUUAGAUUAUUGACUUUUGAAUUUGUUUGUAACAGUAGUAUAGCAUAGAAGUAUAGUUGGGAUCGCUUGUUUAAGGUCGGUCAUCGAUGGAGGUGAUGAACGGAGUUAUGAAGUUUCUGUCGACGGAGAAUCUAACCGGUGAUGGUAAUGGUUUUUAUAUUAAUUCCAUCACGUUGUUUGUUGCCCUUCUUUGUGCUUGCAUUGUCAUUGGUCAUUUUCUCGAAGAAAAUCGAUGGAUUAAUGACUCCAUUACUACUCUACUCAUCGGGCUGGGCUGUGGGUGUGUAAUUUUGCUGACCACAAAGGGGAAGAGUUCCCGCCUUUUAGAGUUUGAUGAGCAGCUCUUCUUUAUAUAUCUUCUCCCCCCUAUUAUUUUCAAUGCUGGGUUUCAAGUGAAAAAGAAGCAGUUCUUUCGCAACUUCUCGGUCAUAACGAUGUUUGGUGCCCUUGGUACUCUGAUUUCCUUCUGUAUCAUCUCUUUUGGUAUGCUCUCGGUAUCCUUUUUUGGCUUCGUAAAGUGAUUCUUCUGGGUGCAUUCUUUCUAUGGAACCAUUCAGUUCACAGUGUGUUUACUUUAAAUGUUGGGGGACUAGCUAAGAGGGCUUUAUUCAUGAAAAUAUUUGGGAGAUCAAUGGUAUCUUAAGCAUAUAUUUUCCCCCAAGAAGGUAGAUGGAUAGUGGAAUUUUACAGUAUAUGACAGUUUACAACGCUACAGCAGGAAGUGAAUUCCACUAAGGCACUAACCAUAUUCGGCAUUUAUGUCUUCAAAUAUUUAUGCUGUCAGCACAUGCUUUCUUCUUGCUUUUUUCUUCAGUAAGUAAGCGUGAUCUUUAACUGAAGAAUAAUGAUGCAGGCGCAAAAAUGUUGUUGGGAAUUCUAGACAUUGGAUCUUUGGAGUUGCGGGAUUAUCUUGCGAUUGGUGCUAUAUUUUCAGCAACAGACUCGGUUUGCACUUUACAGGUGCUCAAGCAGGAAGAGACACCUUUCCUCUACAGUGUGGUUUUUGGGGAAGGAGUUGUAAAUGAUGCAACAGCCGUGGUCUUGUUCAAUGCCAUCCAGAAAUUUGACCUUUCCCACAUAAACUUGAAAAUAGCUGCGCAGUUUGGGGGCAAUUUUCUCACGUUAUUCAUCACAAGCACAUUGUUAGGAAUAAUGGUUGGACUACUUUGUGCAUAUGUUAUCAAAGAGCUGUAUUUUGGAAGGCAUUCUACAGACCGUGAAGUUUCUCUUAUGAUUCUAAUGGCUUAUCUUUCUUACGUGAUGGCUGAAGUUUUUAACCUGAGUGGAAUCCUUACAGUAUUCUUCUGUGGGAUAGUUAUGUCACAUUAUACAUGGCAUAAUGUUACCCAAAGUUCUCGAACGACUACCAAGCAUGCUUUUGCAACAUUGUCAUAUGUUGCAGAGAUAUUUAUCUUCCUUUAUGUCGGAAUGGAUGCAUUAGACAUUGAGAAGUGGAAAUUUGUAAGAAACAGCCCUGGAAAAUCUAUUGCAGUGAGUGCAGUUCUUUUUGUCCUGGUCUCAAUUGGGCGAGCAGCCUUUGUCUUUCCCUUGUCUUUUUUAUCCAAUUUGGCUAGGAGGAGUGACAAGAUCGAAUUGAAGCAGCAGGUGACAAUUUGGUGGGCUGGACUGAUGCGAGGUGCUGUUUCUAUGGCUUUGGCCUAUAAUCAGUUUGCAAGGUCUGGUCAUACUCAACAGGAAGGAAAUGCCAUUAUGAUCACCAGCACUAUAACUCUUGUUCUAUCGACUACCGUGGUUUUUGGGCUGGCGACAAAACACCUAGUAAGUUCAUGGCUGCCUCCAGCGCCAAUUCUGGGGAUUUCCUCUGAGCCAGAUAGUCCAAAAUCCUUCGUGUUACCACUCCUCGAUAAGGCAGGAGAAGGAUUUGAGGUUGGCAAGGACAGAACCAAACCCAGUCGUCCUUCAAGUUUGCGCAUGCUUCUUACAAAACCGACCUUCACGAUUCACUAUUAUUGGAGGCAAUUUGACAAUACCAUAAUGCGCCCCGUGUUCGGUGGGAGGGGGUUCACAAGACCCGAUUCUGGUAUGUUGGACGGGGACAUGAGCCUCCAUUGAUCGAAUACUAGAUGAGAAGACAGUUAUGUAGACUAAGUAGUAGGUUGGAAGGUCUCAAUGCCAGCCCUGCUGCCAAUGUUUAUUUAGCAGAGUAGUUGUUGCAAUGCAAAUAGUAUAUGACAUAUGCUUUUGUAUGAAUUUGAGAGCUGCUCCAAUUGCAAAUGUAAGAAAUUAUAACAGCAUUUGCAGAUUUUUGUUUGUAUCUCAUUGAUACAGUUAACAACUAGUUCAGGUGUUUACAGCUUCUUAUUUUUGUUUAAUUAGUGUUAUUAAGUCAAUGAUUUAUAAUCGUCCCGCCCAGGUGCUA